AUGAGGGUUCACGGAUAUUUAAGUAAUAACAAAAACGCACAGCUGAGGAAACAAAAAAGGAAAAAGUCUACCAACAAAAGACAAAAACAAAAAGAAGCAGCAAAGAAAGAACGAUUGGCCAAUAUUGAUUAUUUAGAAUUUAUGAGCAAUGAGCAGAUUAAAAAAUUUACGUAUAUAUUAAUUUCCCUUUUUUUCUUCCUUUUUAUUCCUUUUUAUUUUUUCUUCUUCCUCCUCUUUCCUCCCCCUUCUGCCUCCCUCCUCUUCAUUUCUUCUUCUUUCUCCUCCUCUUUCCUCCCCCUUCUGGCUCCCUCCUCUUCCUUUCUUCUUCUUUCUCCCCCUCUUCCUUUCUUCUUCUUUCUCCCCUCUUCCUUUCUUCUUCUUUCCUUCCUUUCUUCUUCUUUCUCCCCCUCUUCCUUUCUUCUUCUUUCUCCCCCUCUUCCUUUCUUCUUCUUUCUCCCCCUCUUCCUUUCUUCUUCUUUCUCCCCCUCUUCCUUUCUUCUUCUUCUUUCUCCCCCUCUUCCUUUCUUCUUCUUCUUUCUCCCCCUCUUCCUUUCUUCUUCUUCUUUCUCCUCCUCUUCCUUUCUUUUCUUCUUUCUCCUCCUCUUCCUUUCUUUUCUUCUUUCUCCUCCUCUUCCUUUCUUUUCUUCUUUCUCCUCCUCUUCCUUUCUUUUCUUCUUCCCUCCUCUUCCUUUCUUUUCUUCUUUCUCCUCCUCUUCCUUUCUUUUUCUUCUUUCUCCUCCUCUUCCUUUCUUUUUCUUCUUUCCUCUUCCUUUCUUUUCUUCUUUCUUUUCUUCUUUUCUUUUCCUCUUUCCCUUUCUUUUUCUUUUCUUCUUUCUCCUCCUCUUCCUUUCUUUUUCUUCUUUCUCCUCCUCUUCCUUUCUUUUUCUUCUUUCUCCUCCUCUUCCUUUCUUUUUCUUCUUUCUCCUCCUCUUCCUUUCUUUUUCUUCUUUCUCCUCCUCUUCCUUUCUUUUCUUCUUUUUCUCCUCCUCUUCCUUUCUUUUCUUCUCCCCCUCUCCCUUUCUUUUCUUCUUUCUCCCCCUCUCCCUUUCUUCUUCUUCUUCUUUCUUUCUCCUCUCCUUUUCUUCUUCUUCUUUUUCUUUCCCUCCCUUCUUCUUCUUCUUCUUUCUUUCUCCUCUCCCUUUCUUCUUCUUCUUCUUUCUUUCUCCUCUCCCUUUCUUCUUCUUUCUUUCUCCUCUCCCUUUCUUCUUCUUUCUUUCUCCUCUCCCUUUCUUCUUCUUUCUUUCUCCUCUCCCUUUCUUCUUCUUCUUCUUUCUUCUUUCUUCUUAUUCUUAUUCUUAUUCUUCUUCUUCUUCUUCUUUCUUUCUCCUCCUUUCUUUCUUGAAUUGA